AUGGAUGAUCAAGUGACAAACAUCAUUGGAGAAGAGUCAGUUUCAAUUGAAACAGCACUGAAGCCGAACAAGCUCAUGUUAAAGCUCAAGAUCUCCGAGAAAAUCAGCCAUGGCGGAGGAGGAAGCCAUCAUAUCUGCUCGGUUUGCAACAAAGGGUUCACGUCGGGGAAAGCAUUAGGUGGUCACAUAAGGAUCCACAUGAAGGGCAAUAAAGCUAGCUGUCAUCGGAAGAUCUCUAAACGUCAGCCAAGAAGCAAUCACCGCGCAAAGUCGAAGAAGACGAUCUCGAACAUGAAGGCGUCACCGGAUGGUGAUCGGAACCAGGACAGCAACGAGAAAGUCAGCUGCUGCAUAUGCAACAAGGAUUUCAAGUCGAUGAAAUCGUUGUUCGGACACAUGAGGAACCAUCCCGAGAGGAACUGGAGAGGGAUAAGGCCGCCUCCGUCCGACAAGAACAGCUGCUGUUCGAGUGUUUCGGAAAACGACGAAGCUCAUGUUGUUGAUCAGGUCAAGGGCUCGGUUUCUGAUAUUUUGAAAUCACUUCCAAACUGGAAGACCAACACCUUCAAACGAGAUUCCGAUCACGGCGAUGAUGACGACGAAGAAAUACCCGAGGCUGCUUAUUGUCUAAUGAAGCUAUCCCGAGGUGAUUCAUUUGAUUUUGAUCGAUUUAAGACCCCAUUGAAGCUUGAGGAAGAACAGGUUGAUGAAAAACCUAGCGUUUACCCUAAAAACCCUAGUGGAGAACAAUUGUUGACAAACAGCAAGGUUUGUUCAUCAAAAACACUGCUGGAUUUUGAUUUGAAUGAACCUUACGUUGAGGAAAUUGAUGGUGAGGCUUAG